AGAUAGUGUUUUGUUUAUUCUCAAUUAAUUAUUGGAUUUUUGUUUCUUAGGAUGAACUUUUAAAAUUCUUUUAACAACUCUGAAACUUUUCUUUCAAAAGAUGACUAGCUAUGGCGAAAUAUUGUUUUUAAAAACUUAAGACCAUACAUAACCAGUCCUAUUGAUUUCUACACUGAUGAAAAAAUAUACUUUAUCAUCAAGCUAUUCUGGAGUGGGUUUACGUCAAGGCUGAUUUUUUUCUGGAUGAAAAUCGUUAGAAAUUCUGAUUUCACGAAAAAGAAGUUGUCGAAAACUGGCUUGAAUCCCAAACGGUUGCUGUGUCUUUUGUUGAAUAUUGGAUAUUAUGCAAUAUUGACCAGACAGUGUAAUGCGAGAGGAAUGACCACGCAUAAAUCAACUACAUCUUCCAGAAACAAUAGACCAUACAGCAGAAACAGUGCACUUUCAAAAUGGCGGCCUCGUACUCCUUUUGUAGAACUCCCCGUUUAAUUCUGUUAUUGAGUACAAUGGUGAAUAUACAUAGCAGAUUUGGAAUCAGGAAUUAGACUUAUAUUAAAAGGCAAUAAAAUUUGUGGAAAUAAUAAGUGAAUAUAAAGUCUUGGAUUCUACUCGAAGUUCUUUUGUGGUUUGUGUUUAUGAUUGGAAAAGAGUCUUGCCGUCCGGGUUCCUUUUAUAAAAUGAUGAUGCCUCCCAAUAUCAGGUGUGGUUCAAGGAAGGAUAGCGCCAUUAGGACUCUAGUGGCUGAAACCUUAGUGCUAGCCAAAACACAUGGUUACGUAGAAAAAAUAGAAAAUGAACUGGAGGAGGAAAUCAGACGAGAUAAUAAGGCGCCACCUAAGCAAACCGUGGCUAGGUGGCGUCGUGAAGGAGAAAAAAUAUUACGGAGUAAAUAUAUGUUAUUAGCUGUGGUCCUGCUAUGUGUGGUAGAUUGUGCUUUAGUCUUAGGAGAACUUAUACUUGAUCUUUAUAAAGUCAGAAAUACGUUACAGUCAAGUAAAACUGAAAUGGAGGGAUUUAUAUCAGGACUCCAUAGGCAGUAUCCUCAAGAUAUAGUGGACGUGGAGGUAGAAAUACGUGUGAUAUUCAUGAAAAUACUUGAUUCUAAAAUACAUUGGAAUUACUAUUCUCAUAAUGCAACAACUUUAAACAACGAUACAUCAGAACAUGCAGGUCAGGCGUCUUCGUCACGCAGGCGCCGUGAUUCAGUGUCCUAUAAUAACGGAUAUGACGUCGGUACAGGAAGUGGAAAUUAUAGUAUUGAUAAUAAAAUGCAAACUCAUUCAGUUGGUGUAAAGCACAGUGUUGUUAUGGGAGCGCACAGACAUAGUGUUGAAGAUGACAUAGCCCAUGCAUUCCACUUGGCCAGUAUUACAAUAUUAGCUAUAUUGGUGAUUGAGACUAUUUUAAAGACGAUCUGUGCAGGAAAACCAUUUUUUCAUCGUAAGCUUGAAGUUUUUGAUGCUGUGAUAGUGUUGAUAUCGUUUCUAGUCGAUCUGGUAUUUCUCAAUCGACUGCCUAAUUAUGAAAUCCAGGACUUUGUUUUUAUUCUCGCCUUUUUAUUGCCCUGGAGAGUAAUGAGAGUUGUAAAUAGUUUGGUUGUUGCAGUGAAGGAUCAUGAACAUUUCCGAUUAAAACUUGUUUACAGCCGGAAAAAGAAAAUUCAAAACAGUUUGAAAGAAUCAGAAAUUAAACUUCAAGUAUUUAGGUGCCAAUGCAAUGCCCUACGUAAACUAUGCAUAUCAGAAGGUAUUGAUGAAUGGAAAGUUGACCAGUUGAUGAGAAUUGAUGAAUACACAGUCAAUAAAAGUGGGAAGUGUAAAUAUAAGAUAAAGAUAGAUGACACGUCAAUUAUGUUGAUAAACGAUAAAAACGAUAUUCCUCGUUUUUCGCCGCGCCCCUCUCUCCACAAUAUAUUAGACGUUAAAAAUCGUCAUAGUUUAGGGCCGUGCAUUGAGGAAGACGAACCGAAUGAUCUUAAAAAUCAUCAUCACAAAGCAGUGAUGGACAAUAAUAAAUUGAGCCCAGGAAGAUCGUCAACAUCAUCGUUCAAUAGCAAAUGAGCAAUGGCGGAUUAUAAGAGGCGGUAACUCUAAUCUGUGUUUUAAAAAGGGUAAUUUUUAAAUAGAUUUUUAAUUCCUUUUUGAUUAAAAUGUGAUAAUACUCUUCUUUACGACUGAUAUGGACAUUGUUUUAAAUACGUGUGAAUUCAGGUGCCAAAUGGUGCAUGGGUGUGAAUUAAAUGAAAAUAUGAAGCACGCGAAACUCACGUGCAUGCUUAUUUCAGUUUAAGUCGCUAUUUUUUAUUUAUUGAUAUUUUUAAUGAAAAAAAAUCCCUUCUCUAGUCUCAAAGCAGGGGUGUUUAUUGCUUCGUGGGCCUAGUGAUUAUGUGAUGGAUAGCAAUAUGGAUCUUGACAAACUGAUGUCAACAGAAAAGAAUCUCUUCUCUGGUCUCUAAGCAGUGGCAUUUAUUGCUUCGUGGGCCUAACGAAUAUUCCAAAGUCACCAGAAUAUCCACAUAAAAGUCCACACUGAUCAUCAAUGCUUGAAAGAAGAUCUCGCCCAGAUUGGUGGUUUCUAUUUAUAUGGAUCCGGCGUUGACAUUUUGGCCCUUGAAGCCGUACUCAAAACAAAAAGCAAUUUAACUUUAGCAAUGGCACACACUGACCACAGAAUUUACUUCUUCAAAGCAAUUAAGUUCACAAUUAAAUACUAUGUGUUGAGGGCAAUUUGGAAUCAUCGAACGUGGUUGUAUAACAAAGGAUCUGUGUUAAAUCCGAAUAACAUGCGGUGUAGUAUGUUAAACAGCUGUAAACCUCGUAUCUUAUUUUCUGAUUUGAUUAUUUAUUUCAAGCACAUGUGAUAUUUACGUAGUUUAUCGAUGAUUAAUCGGCGUCCAACGAACAACAGGAUACUGUGACGAAACACCAUAAUGGAUCUGAUAAACCAUCGUUUAAUGUGCGCAGAUAUAUUGCUAACUUUUUUUAUUGCAAAAACAAUAAAUGCCUAUGUAACUCUCGAUUGCAUAGCAUCUUAAACUGAAAGCUAGAAAUAUAAAUUUUAUUGCCAUAAAGGCAAAAAGCUGUUAAAAUAGAAUGUAGAGUAAAAUGUACAGGAAAUUGUAGCCGCAGCUACCAUGCACAUCCAGCAGUAUAUUUUAAGUAAUUUGAGUCGACCGGAAAAUCCUUUUAUUUGAUUUUCGUGGGUUUGGUGUUAUUUAUUUCCUAUAAUUUGUAGCUUAAUUUGUGUUGGAAUUUGGCUAGAGACAAUAGGGCUUGGGAAAUGAGCAAAAAUAUGUUUAGGGUCGGUGAGCUUGGCUUAAGGUAUGCCGGGUAGGUGGCCUAAUUGGAAUAAUUAUGAACUGUUCGCAUAUUAACUUGAUAUAUGUUCUCUAUAUUUAAACUUAAUGUGUUAUUGUAAACUGCAGAUUUGGGAAUUCCCUGCAGAUUAGGGGCUUUUUAAUUACUAUAUUUAAUACAUUAAUUUUACAUUAAUAGAAGUCAGAGUCGCACUGGGCACAUACUUUUCAGAGAGAAACGCGCUUGUUAUCACGUAACGCUACAAGGUAACAUUUUGCUUACUUGUAAUUCAUACUUCAAGCGUAGCUGCGGCUACAAUUUGAGGCGUAGUUUCAGUUUGACUGACAGAUUGGAAACUUGACUUUAUCAGUACAGUGAAGACAAAGACAAAUGAUACAUGAUUAAAUGUAAAGCCAUGUGAUGAUGUACUUGAAAUAGGGCUUUUAUCUGGGAGUUUCCAAACUAAACUAAAAAAUACAAUAAAUCAGACAGUGCCUAUGGCUUGUCGGUUAUCAUGCAGACAUAUUGGGCUAAGUUAAAUUUAUGUCCGGUAUUUAAAGGUUUUAUGCAAAUUCUGCAAUGUUAUAUAAAUAGAUUUGUAAAUUAUGUACAAAGACGGGUUGUUUUGUUAAUUGAAAUUAUUUGAAAUACCUUCAUGAACAGAGUGUGUUUAGAGUUCCAAGUAGAAAAAGAUCAAUUUUAUAAUUAUUUUAUUUGUAUUUUCUGUUUCCACCCAGUCGGGUGUAAGUUUUACUUAAUGAUUGGUUAUUGUCCAUCUGUUUCACUUUUAGCUUGCCUUUACCACGUAAUUAAGUUGUUUUAAUACUUAAACCCAAAGUUUAGACCUAUGUAUUAUUUUGUUUAAAUUGAAAGUUCCCUUGUAAAAUACUGUUUUUAACAUUAUUAAUUUUUCACAAAAAUGUUAUUUCACUUAUUUAUGAAAACCUAUUGAGGGAUAUAUAUCGGUAGAUCAGAUUUGAAGAACAAUUAUAAUGUACAAAUCUAAAAUCUACAAAAAUACUCCUUGGGUAGGCGAAAUUUACCUGUAGACUAGUGUUAGUUGUGGUAGUGCCAGAGUAUCGGAAAAACAAUGGCGGUGCGCUUGAAUUCCAAUAUGAUAGCUACUGUAUAUGAAGUUUAAUAGUCGCUAUCAUGCAGACAAAUAUUCUACGAAAUAUUGGUAUGGAUGGGUUGUCAACAUUUGAGAAUAACUAGGUCAUUGUCUAGAUUAACCGGUCUUUUACAUUAUCACGAACAAAAUCUUAAGAAAAUUAAAUACCAUUUCAGAAAAAUUUAUUUGCAUAACCUGUUCAAUAUCCAGCACUUGUAAUUUUUUUAUUGUAAAAUUUCUCUCAUCAAGAACCAUAUCUAGGUUUUUUUUAUUAAUCCUAAUUCGUCGUCACCAUGAUUUUAGCUAAAAAUUUCCAAUGUCCAUGCUUAACCGGUUGUUUGGGUUUUAUGUGAUUGAUUAUCCAAUAAAUUUGGCCAAAUAUUGAAGACUAGGAGGUUCUGGGUGACGGAGACUAGAAUUUUAACAGUGUAUGAAGUCGGAUAAUACUAAAUGGGUGCAGCAGGCAUUAUAAGUUUGUUAUUUAUAGUUUUUAACAUACAAAUGAGUGUAUAAUCCCCGAGCCAUCUUGAAAUUCAAUAUGGCGACUGUUGUAGGCGAAUGUCACUAGAUAAGGGAAAACGAGAAAAAUAGAAAUAGUCAGUACAUUCCCUUGUUUUUAUUCAUUCUAUACUUAAAGCUGAACUCCGAUUACAAAACUACAGAAAUAAUUAAAUAAAAAAAGAUUACCGCCGUACCUAAUCGCCAUACUUGUUUUCCAUUUUUAGAACAAGCAUGGCGAUUGUAUGGCGUACGAAAACAGAGGCAGGCCACGCCCAUAUCCAGUAUACACCUUUUUAAUGGGUGUGGGCGUGACCUGCCCCUGUUUUCGUACGCCGUACAAUCGCCAUGCUUGUUCUAAAAAUUGAAAACAAGUAUGGCGUUUAUGUAGGGCGGUAAUAUAUUUUAUAUUAUUAUUUCUGUAGUUUUGUAAUCGAAGUUCAGCUUUAAUAAAAACAUGAUAAUACACGGACGUUUUCUAUUUUUCUCUUAUCUAGUGACAGUCAAUUAUUUUUUCUUUUUGAAGUGUCAGAUAUCCUCCCAGUCUCAUAUAACAACUGUUGGCCUUCGACGGAAUUAUUUUUCUCUUAUCUAGUGACAGUCAAUUAUUUUUUCUUUUUGAAGUGUCAGAUAUCCUCCCAGUCUCAUAUAACAACUGUUGGCCUUCGAUGGAAUUAUUAGUGAGCAAAAAUUCGCCCGUGUGUCUGUUAUCACUCGCCACUUCAGUUAGUUAUAUAGAGGGAUAACUCGUGUUUUCCCUUUGCGUUCGUCACUUACCUUUCUUGAAAGCUUCAUAACGCAUCUAUCUAUCAUAGCAAUGAUCUCCGUGUUAAAAUUAUAUUUGGAACGCGCUUAACCAGUUCUAUCACAUUUGUGAUAAUGACUGACACCAAUAUUGUCCUUUAAUUAUUGAACCGGAAAUACACUGGUGACAAUUAUAUGGAAUACCGUUAUUUCUGAUUACCGAGCAAGGCUGCUCUAGUUUAGUCUUUAUUAUCCAAUGGAUCAUAGUGGAAACGCCUCUCAAUAUUAAGCUAAUUGUAUAAAGAUGUCCAUCCGAUUAAACUAGAACCAAGUAAAAAUAUAACUAAACAAUUUCUGAAGAUUUGAAAAUAGUAAGUGAAAUGAAAUGGAGUUCUGCACCGACUUGACCAAUAAAAACGGCAUAUAAAUUAUAAAACACAGCCAAUUUUUGCUAAAAAUGAUAUUAUUGUUAUUUAUAUAUUUAUUUCACUACUAGUUUUAAAUCAGCGGUAUCUUUUUCAUAUUUUCUAUAUACAUGUAUAAUUAACGGGUGAUAUAUAUACCAUGAUGAUUUUAUUAGAAAUACUGUAAUAUAAAGUGUUAUAAA